AAAAAAAACGAAUAAGUAAAUAGCACUCUAAUAUAACCUAAAUAUAAUUUUGAUUUAUCUCAUAAGUGUUUAACAAAAUAUAAUUUAAAGAAAAACAACACCUGAUUAUUUGCUGUGAAGAACAGGAAACUUAAACAGAAAUAAUUAGUUGAACAUUUUCAUUUAUCUAUGUUUUGUGACCGAUUAAUGUGUAUUAACGAUUAAGAAAUAUUUGAUAGUAAUUUUUAUUUUUAAAAUUGUUAUGAGUAUUAAGUUCUGAACAACGAUGACUACUAAUCCAAGGAAAGGCACAGACCCGGUGCCUCUGGAGGAGAGCGACCAACUCACUAUUAGACCUUUGGGUGCAGGUCAGGAAGUGGGAAGAUCAUGUAUAAUGUUGGAGUUCAAAGGGAAGAAAAUUAUGUUGGACUGUGGUAUCCAUCCAGGGUUAUCCGGCAUGGAUGCAUUACCAUUUGUAGAUUUGAUAGAAGCUGAUGAAGUGGAUUUACUACUUAUCUCACAUUUCCACCUGGAUCACAGCGGAGCACUGCCCUGGUUCUUGACGAAGACCUCGUUUAAAGGCAGAGUGUUCAUGACGCACGCCACAAAAGCUAUUUACAGGUGGCUCGUAUCUGAUUACAUCAAAGUUAGCAACAUAUCUACAGAACAAAUGCUAUACACAGAGUCGGACCUGGAAGCGUCCAUGGACCGUAUAGAGACAAUAAACUUCCACGAGGAGAAAGACGUCCGCGGAGUGAGGUUCUGGGCUUACAACGCCGGCCACGUGCUGGGCGCCGCUAUGUUCAUGAUUGAAAUAGCCGGUGUUAAGGUGUUAUAUACAGGUGAUUUCUCGAGACAGGAGGACAGACAUCUGAUGGCCGCCGAAAUACCAACUGUGCAUCCCGAUGUCCUUAUUACUGAGUCGACGUACGGCACGCACAUCCACGAGAAGCGCGAGGAGCGCGAGGGCCGGUUCACGGGGCUGGUGAGCGACAUCGUGGCGCGCGGCGGCCGCUGCCUCAUCCCCGUGUUCGCGCUCGGCCGCGCGCAGGAGCUGCUGCUCAUACUCGACGAGUACUGGUCGCUACACCCCGAGCUGCAGGACAUCCCGAUUUACUACGCGUCGUCGCUCGCCAAGAAGUGCAUGGCGGUGUACCAGACCUACAUCAACGCCAUGAACGACCGCAUCCGCCGCCAAAUCGCCAUCAACAACCCCUUCGUCUUCCGGCACAUAUCCAACUUGAAGGGCAUAGAUCACUUCGAGGACAUAGGGCCGUGCGUGAUCAUGGCGUCGCCGGGUAUGAUGCAGUCUGGGCUGUCGCGCGAGCUGUUCGAGAGCUGGUGCACUGACCCCAAGAACGGCGUCAUCAUUGCAGGGUACUGCGUGGAGGGCACGCUCGCCAAGACGAUACUGUCGGAGCCGGAGGAGAUCACGUCCAUGUCGGGGCAGAAACUGCCGCUGAAGAUGUCCGUGGACUACAUCUCGUUCUCCGCGCACACCGACUACCAGCAGACGUCCGAGUUCAUUAACAUACUGAAGCCGCCGCAUGUGGUGUUGGUGCACGGCGAGCAGAACGAGAUGUCGCGGCUGAAGGCGGCGCUGCAGCGCGAGCACCGCGGCCGCCUGCAGCUGCACACGCCGCGCAACACGCAGCAGCUCGCGCUCACCUUCCGCGGCGACAAGACCGCCAAGGUGAUGGGCUCGCUGGCAAUGGAGCCACCCAAGCCCGGCAACCAGCUGCAGGGCAUCCUCGUGAAGAGGAACUUUAAUUAUCACAUACUGGCGCCGUCGGACCUUAACAAGUACACGGAGUUGAGCCAGUCGGAGGUGACGCAGCGGCAGUCGAUCCACUACGCGGGCUCGCCGGCGCUGCUGCGGCACGUGGUGGUGCAGCUGGCCGGCCACGUGGACUUCCUCUCCGAGACGCGCUGGCGGCUCUACGGCUGCAUCGACCUCUCCAUCGACAACAACAUGAUCACGCUCGAGUGGCAGGCGCAGCCGGUGUCGGACAUGUUCGCGGACGCGCUGGUGGCGGCCGUGCUGGCGGCCGCCGCGCUGCCCGCGCCGCGACACCUGCCGCUCGCGCCCAAGCUCGACCGCAUGCACUUCAAGGAAUGCGUGAUAGAGAUGCUGCAGGAGAUGUUCGGCGAGGACUCGGUGCCGAAGAUGUUCAAGGGGGAGAAGCUCUACGUGCAGGUGGACGGCAAGCGCGCGGACAUCGACCUCCUAAAUAUGGAGGUGACGUGCCCCGCAGACGAGUCCCUAGAACGCGUGGUGCAGUGCGCCAUCACCAAGUUGUACUCCGCGCUGGCCCCAGUGAAGCCCCCGCCGCCGCCGCAGUAGCCCAUGACUUAUUAAUCUACUCGCCUCAUCUGCUGAUCAGACCCUGAUCCUGGUGGCUUGGAGCCACGCCGAUCGUUCGUGUUCCUUACUGACAAUUCUCCAUACCGAUGGAUACAGUAUACCACCAUCUGUGCUAAUUCCGUUAAAAGAAACGUCGUAUAAAUAUUUUUUUUAAAUAUUAAGAACAAGAAGAUUAUAUAGUGAUAUAAUUUAAUAGUUCUUUUUAAGUGUUCGUCUGUAUAAAAUUGUCCAGGAGACAAGAACAAGCGGAAAACAAACCAGUAAUGUGCUGUGACAAGACUGUUCUAUUGUGUAAUUGUAGAAUGUAAGACGAAAUGAAUAAAGAUAUUUUUAUUUCA